CAUCUUGCAGCGAGCUCUUGGGUUACCUCGGCCAUGUAGUGUGGCGCGUGACGUCUCCGGGGUCCUUCGACUUGCCCUUAUGGCAACUCAAUGUUUAUUCACGUGGCUGUUUCGCUGCCGUGUGAAAAAAAACCUCUCGCACGGGAAUGACGGGCAUCCGAGCCUGCUGGAAUACCUCAAGCUUGCAGAGUAACUUAUUUACUAAGUCAGAGGUGCUCUGAGGGAGGGACCAACACACACACGCAGAGAGAGAGAGACUUGUACUGUGUGUGAAGGCGGGACGGAUAAGGAAGCAAACAGAGGACGCUGAGCAAAGCCAAGCGGCUUGGGUUACUCUUUAAGUUCGCUCACUGACUACAGAAAAGGAGAGAGGAUAAGAAGCAGACCGUGUUUUACCUCCCUGCCUCGGGCCUGGGAGCAUGGGCCAGGGAGCUAGUGUUCAGGCUCACACACACCACUCUACUCUUAAUACAGAUGAAGACGUCGAUGACCAGCAGCACAGCACGAUAGGGAGCGACAACCCCAACUCUGGCAGACACACGCCUCCGUCCAAACAGAAGGGGAAGUUCUCCAACCUGGGUAAGAUCUUCAAACCCUGGAAAUGGAGAAAGAAGAAGGAAAGCAGCGAGAAGUUUAAGGAGACGUCCGAGGUUCUGGAGAGGAAGAUCUCGAUGAGAAGACCCCGGCAGGAGCUGAUAGAGAAAGGAGUACUAAAGGAAAUCUCUGAGAAUGAGAGUAAUAACGUGAAAGCUCCCUCAGUAAACAACGGUCACACGCAGCCUGUAGCCGGGGAGCAUGGGCCCAACGCUGGAUCAGAGGUCAAGAACAGGUCACACGGCGAGGAGCGAAAGAGUUUGUUGGCACCAGAACCUGAGCGACGAAGCCGAAUACCAUCAGACGUGACCCGUAACCGGCAGCCUCUGGACGUGGACUCUCGUACGCGCAUCCCGUCAGACUCCGAUAAACGAGAGCGAGACGAGGCAAGGUACCGCGAAAGGAGGGACGACAACCGAGAUCGCAGGGACGAGAGAGAGGAACGAGGGAGAAGGGACGACAAAGAGGACCGGGACAGGCGCGAUAGGCGAGAGGAACGGGAUUCCAGAACAGACUGGAGAGAAGAUCGAGAGCGAAGGGACCGGAGAGAAGAAAAGAGAGACGGCAGAGUGGAAAAAGAUGCGAGAGCGGACAGGGACCAAAAGAGGGAUGACCGGGACGAAAGAGAAAGGAGAGAGGACAGGGAAAGACGAGAGCUAAAAGAACGUAGGGACGAUCACAGUCGAAUGGAAGAACCUCUUCGGCGUGACGACCGAGACAGGAGGCCUGAAAGUGAGAGGAGAGAUGACCGAGAAAGGAAAGACGACAAGGAUCGCGAACGGCACGAGGAACGAGACCGGAGAGAGGACAUUCCGAGAAAAGAUGUGAGGAAGCCUGAGAUGCCAAAGCUGAUCAGGCCUCAGUCUGAGAUGGAUAUGAGGAGCAGUUUGCAGAGCAGCUCCUCUGAUGUGGGCCAGAAAAUCCGACCCGUCUCUGAAAUUGACCAAAGGAGCACACUGCCGCGAUACUCACACGCUCAGGAUGACCCCAGGACACGCACAGGCUCUGUGGGUGUGCGCUUCACUCCUGCCCCCGAGUCAAAGGAGCCGCAGCCUCCACCAAAACAGGCCAUACUUCCCCCCCCAAAAUGGCUGAUGUCCUCCACCGAAUCUGGUCAGGCUUCAUCCUCAUCAUCCUCCUCCUCCUCAUUGUCAUCAUCAUCCUCUUCCUCAGCUCCACCCAUUGCUAAACCCCCUCCUCGCACUGUCUCACUGAUGGUGGACGACCAGUCUCGUCAGGGUCCUUUACCCGUGGUUUCGAUACGAAACCAUGACAACCCACCUGCUACCCUGGAUCAUCCUGCCCCUCCUGCCCCAGCUGCUGCUCCCGCUCCCGCUCCUGUUCCUACUCCUACUCCUGCUCCUGCUGCACCUCUAACCACCUCUGAUGCCCCAGUACCUACUAAAAUGCCACCUGUUCCCCCUCCCAAACCCACCAACCGUAACAGUAUAUUACCACUGCAAGCCACAACAUUACCCAGGCAUGCUAAAGCUCAGACUCCUCUGUACUGGACCAGCAGGAGACGGCAGAAUGAACAUGCUGAAGCACCCGGACCGCUGGUAGUCUCGAACCCAGUUCCUACAAAGCGCUCUCCUCCCGUUCCGCCUGCAAGGAUGACGCCUGUCGCCAAACGCAACUCAGGGGACAUCUCCUCCAAUCCGGCCGAGCCUCCUGCCAGAAGUUCUUCCCCUAACCUUCCCCCUUCGCAGUCAGAGGAUAGCAAACCCACCAGCUAUACAGCUACAGCGGUGUCUCCUCCACCUACCCAUAUCCCUCCGUCUCCGCCUGGCAUCGCUGUGGAUCCUCCGAGCCCCACCACUGAGCCGCCGAGCCAGCCUCCAUCCAUACCUCUGCACAUUCUGAUCCAGCGCGCACUUGCCAGCCCCGGACCGGUCCACCCCAACCCUGAUGGCAACCAGAGAGCUCACUCUCUGCUGUUCGAGACGCCACCGGAGAUCGUAGUGGAGACUAGUGGACGUCAUUCGCUUCCUGUCACCAUCGAGCCGCUCAGACUACCUGAGGAUGAUGAUUUUGACAUGGAGGAAGAGCUGCAAAAGCUGCACCCUCCUCCCCGGCAAACCAUGCCACCGGAGCUGGAGGCCGGGAGCAGGCGGGGGUUAGUGGGAGACACCAUGGUCAUCUUCGAGGACUCGGACAGUGAGCAGGAGGAAGACACCGACUCCGAUGGACCCAUUCUCUACAGAGACGACGAAGAGGAUGAUGACGAGGAAGUGCCCAUGACUGGUCUGGCUGGCAAGGUGAAACGGAAAGACACUCUGGCUCUAAAGCUGGAGAAACAGCAGGAAAAGGAGGAGAAGCAGGGGCAAGAGAACAGCUCCUGGAAGAACUGGGAGCAGUGGGAGGCGAUGCGCAACAAGAUCGGCACCACCCUCACACGGAGACUGAGUCAGAGACCAACGCAACAAGAACUUGAGCAAAGAAACAUUCUGCUAGCCAAGAAUGAGGCAGACAGACGAGCUGAGCGAAGCGAGAUCAAACGCAGGCUUACAAGAAAGUUGUCUCAGAGGCCCACAGUAGCUGAGCUCCAGGCCAGAAAGAUUCUACGUUUCCACGAGUAUGUGGAGUCCACACAUGCUGAAGACUACGACCGGCGUGCAGAUAAACCCUGGACCAAACUCACUCCUGCUGAUAAGGCUGCCAUCAGAAAGGAGCUGAAUGAGUUUAAGAGUUCCGAGAUGCAGGUCCAUGAGGAGAGCAAGAUGUACACCAGGUUUCAUCGGCCUUAGUGGACAGCGUCAGGCGAACACUGGAAAAGCAAGGAUGCUGUGGAAGCCAUACAAACCGUACCAGAUGCUGGUGUGUGUCAUUUUUGUUGGAGGAUUGGUGUGCAGUGCCAAUCCACGAGGAUCUUCUCUACCAUGGACUCUGAGCUCAUAUCAGUUGGUGCUAGAACUUAAGACGGCAUUCAGGAGCUGCACAGAGCUCUGACGCGUACAUGCUGCAUUAAAACUCCCAGUCUGCUCACCUCAACACCCUAACAGCCUUGAUCCAUGGUGGCCUCCACUGAUGACCAGACAGAAGCAACACUGUCCUUUUUCACAAUCUGGAAUCUAUUUACAAUUUUUUUUUUUUUUUUUUUAUUUAUGCUAAGGAUGGCACUGUGAUCUUUGUGCUAUGAACAAAAUGUGACAGUGACAUCAGUGCAUUGUGUUGAGUUAGGGCUUGCAGGAUGAUUUAUUUUUACUAGUCAACCAGUAGAUUUAAAAAGAAUAGUUGACUAGUUAUCUAAUGUUGUAGAUUAUUUUAUUAGAUUAGAUGCUUAAAACUGCACUUCAGUUAACAGCCAUGCACACAGGCUGGAGAUAAAAUUCCAAGGUUUCCACCAAUGAAAACGGUUAAGGUGCACGAUGGAGGUGUAAAAUAUUAGAUUUGUAUAAUAUUACAGCUGAUAAAGACCAGUUCUGUGGCCUCAGCUGAAGUUUGGAUUGUGAGACAGAGCAUGCAGCACUGAAGCUCAGGUCCAUCAGCAGAGCUCUCUCUCUAUAGCUCAGUGGACACAGUGCUCCAGGCUCACAGCGAGGCACAGGUGAUAUGUGCAACACUGAUAACGUUCAACGGCGAGUCUGGACUAACUAAACUAGCUGAAGUGGACAACAAGGUGGGGAUUGGUCAGUGGCAAUGAACAGUCCUGUACACAACUGUACACACAAACACACACGUAAUCUCCUCACAGUGUGGUGAAUGUAUGAGGUGUGUGUCUGUCAAUCUGGGACUGUGUGUGUCUGUCAAUCUGGGCCUGUGUGUGUGUGUCUGUCACUCUGGGACUGUGUGUGUCUGUCAAUCUGGGCCUGUGUGUGUGUGUCUGUCACUCUGGGACUGUGUGUGUCUGUCAAUCUGGGACUGUGUGUGUGUGUCUGUCACUCUGGUACUGUGUGUGUCUGUCAAUCUGGGCCUGUGUGUGUGUGUCUGUCACUCUGGGCCUGUGUGUGUGUGUCUGUCAAUCUGGGCCUGUGUGUGUCUGUCAAUCUGGGCCUGUGUGUGUGUCUGUCAAUCUGGGCCUGUGUGUGUGUCUGUCAAUCUGGGCCUGUGUGUGUGUCUGUCACUCUGGGACUGUGUGUGUCUGUCAAUCUGGGCCUGUGUGUGUGUGUGUGUGUGUGUCACUCUGGGCCUGUGUGUGUGUGUGCGAGUGGGUGUGUGUGUGUGUCACUCUGGCCCUGUGUGUGUGCGAGUGGGUGUGUGUGUG